AUGGAUCAUGUGGUCGGGGGCAAGUUCAAGCUCGGCAAGAAGAUCGGGAGUGGAUCGUUCGGGGAGCUCUUCCUCGCUGUGAAUGUGCAGACUGGAGAGGAGGUCGCCGUCAAGCUGGAAAAUGUCAAGACAAAGCACCCACAGCUUCAUUACGAGUCGAAGCUAUACAUGCUUCUCCAAGGAGGAACCGGCAUUCCACACCUGAAGUGGUUCGGCGUUGAGGGGGAGUAUAAUGUGAUGGUGAUUGAUCUUCUUGGUCCUAGCCUCGAGGACUUGUUCAACUAUUGCAGUAGGAAGUUCUCUCUUAAGACUGUGCUCAUGCUUGCUGACCAAAUGAUUAACCGGGUUGAGUACAUGCAUCAAAAGGGGUUUCUUCACCGUGAUAUAAAGCCUGAUAAUUUCCUUAUGGGGCUUGGUAGGAAAGCCAAUCAGGUAUAUAUAAUAGACUAUGGACUCGCAAAGAAAUAUAGGGACCUUCAAACUCAUAAGCACAUCCCGUACAGAGAGAACAAGAACCUCACUGGAACUGCACGAUAUGCAAGUGUCAAUACCCACCUUGGCGUUGAGCAAAGCAGGAGAGAUGAUUUAGAAUCUCUCGGUUAUGUUCUUAUGUACUUCCUUAGGGGCAGCCUACCAUGGCAGGGGCUGAAAGCAGGAACCAAGAAGCAGAAAUAUGACAAAAUCAGUGAGAAAAAGAUGCUUACUCCCGUGGAGGUACUCUGCAAAUCGUAUCCAUCAGAGUUUAUCUCCUAUUUCCACUACUGUCGUUCAUUGCGGUUUGAAGACAAGCCUGAUUAUUCUUACCUGAAGAGACUAUUCCGUGAUCUCUUUAUUCGGGAAGGAUACCAGUUUGACUAUGUGUUUGACUGGACCAUUUUGAAGUAUCCUCAGAUAGGCUCCAACCCGCGGAUGAGGGCAGGGGAAAGAACUAGUGGAGCUGCUGGACCCUCAAUGGAUAAGAUAUCGAAAAAAUGUGUAACUAUGAUACAAACCGGACACAUGUUUGAGCAUGAUUUUUGUGCAGGAGAAGCGUCCGGUAGAAGGAAUCCUAGUGGUUCUGUGAAUCAGAGUGACAAUUAUGCACAACGACCACGUGAGACAGUAUCUAUGUCACUAAAGGAAAUUAUGCAUAGCACUGACCGGUCUGGGGAAAGGACUGUGGAGAGACCACGUACAUCCUCACGCACAGGCAGUGCAUCCCGUAGAGCUGUUGCAUCAAGCAGCAGGCCAGCCUCAUCUGUGGAACCAAGUGAGCAGCAGUAUAACCGGACAAGCAGAUUGUUCUCUAGCAACAGUGGCAGUCGCCCAUCUAGCACCCAGAGAGUUAACCCAUCGCCAGGCGAGUCAAGGGCUACCUUCCUCUCACAGGCGGCAGUUGCGAGAGGCUCCCGUGACGAGCCACUCCAACGCAGCCUGGAGCUUCUGUCCCUCGGUGGUGAAGUUGAUAAAAAAGGGGACUUCCUGUGUAAAUCGAUGCCUCCUUGUUUUCAUAUAAUGCUACAGUGUCAUGGCAUGUCAGUAGUUGGGACAAAAACUGUUGUCGCUUUGGCUAAUCUUACCCCCCUCGACGACUCCGUCGAUGAGCUCGACAGCUACAUGUACCAAACUGUUGGGCACCAGAUUGUGGUGAGCUACGCGAAAUGCAUGGGACUGCCUCUUUUCCGGAGGCGCAUUCGUGGAUCCACAAGGGAUCAGGGUCUCAAGUAUAGUGUCACGGCGGGUGAUGAGGUAGAAGAUAUGUUUGCUCUGUUGAGCGAGGUUAAACGGCAAAUUCCAUCCAUCAGCGCAGUGUCGUCAGGUGCGAUCGCAUCUGAUUACCAGAGGCUCCGGGUUGAGAGUGUUUGCUCGAGGCUGGGCCUGGUCUCGCUGGCGUAUCUAUGGAAGCAGGAUCAGACUUUGCUCCUAGAGGAAAUGAUAAGAAGGGGCAUCGUGGCAAUAAUUGUGAAGGUUGCUGCACUGGGGUUGAAACCUUCUUCUCACUUAGGUAAAGAACUGGCUGAACUUAAGUGUCAUCUGCUCCAAAUGAAUGAGAGUUAUGGAAUCAAUGUGUGUGGUGAAGGUGGAGAAUAUGAAACACUAACUCUUGACUGCCCUCUAUUUCGUAAUGCAAGAAUUAUUCUCAAUGACUCUGAAGUGAUACUCCACUCUGCUGACUCCAUUGCUUCUGUUGGAAUUCUUCAUCCACGAGCGUUUCAUCUUGAGCACAAGCCAGAUUCAUCCGAUAGAAUUGAGGAUGGUUCUGUUACUCAAGAGAGUUCUAGUUGUCUAUAUGAGGUUGAUGAAGUUAUCACUCACGCUGAUGUGGAAGAAAAACAGUCCCCAAGUCCAGCUGUUGAUGCUUGUACCAAUAUAGACCUAUGUAUCUCAAAGACAGGGAAGAAUUUACGUUCAAUUGGCUGUUGGAUUCAGGAUCCAUCCAGAGCUUCGGAAGGCCUGAAGGCAGACCUUGUAGCAGUUUUGAGCAGAAUUGAAAAUCAGCUCAAGGAAGAAGGGUUAGGUUGGGUGAAUGUUUUAUAUGUUCACCUCUACAUUUCAAGCAUGAAGGAAUUUGGAUUGGCCAAUGAAGUUUAUGUCAGCUUUAUUACGGAAAAGAAAUGCUACCUGGGUGUCCCUUCGCGCAGUACAAUUGAAUUGCCACUAGUUCAGGGUGGGUUGGGCAAAGCAUAUGUGGAAGUUCUAGUUUCAAAUGAGGUGGUAAAGAGAGUUCUACAUGUGCAAAGCAUCUCUUGCUGGGCUCCUAGUUGCAUUGGACCUUAUAGCCAGGCAACUCUUUAUGAAGAGAUUCUCUAUAUGGCUGGUCAGCUGGGGCUUGACCCUCCUACGAUGAAGCUCUGUCCUGGAGGUCCAAGAGCUGAACUAGAAUCAGCACUAAAAAAUAGUGAAGCUGUGGCUAAUGCCUUUAGCUGCUCUAUAUAUUCCUCGGCCAUACACUUUCUGGUGUACUGCUCUGCACAGUUGACAUCCAAUGAGAAGGAAGAAGUUGAACAGACAUUGAAGAGUUCUUAUAUUACUCAUUUGGAUUGCUCGAAAGCUGUAUCAUCUCCAACUGUUCUAUAUGUGUUUGCACCAGAUCUUCCAAAAGGAGCACGUGUGGAGAUAAAGCCUAUAUUGUAUGUCCCCUCCAAUGAUGAUGGGGUUGCUACCAUAGAGAUGGAGACUGGAGUUCCACUGCCAACACUGAGCAAAGCUUGGACUGAUUUGAGUGCACUAUACUCUGAGUUGUGUGAUUCAUGUUGCCAGGUCCACACAAUUGGUGGGAGAAUUUGUUCUGCUGUGGUGUCGCUCACAGAUGAUAUCGUAUCAAAGAUCUGUUCUACAGCUGGACAGCUAUACCACAGAGAGAAUUUGAAAACUAUGGCUAGAUUCUGUGCUUUCCAGACCGUGAAGAUCCUGGCGGAUAACAAAUUUUCCUGGGACAGUAUAACGAUGUUGAGGUUCUACUAUUCGGUUGAUCUCUCGGUGGCGGCAGAUGCAAUAUCAGGAGCAUUUUCCGAGGCAUUCGCCGAGCUUGCGGAAGACAACAGUUCCAUGAGAACUGACAAAGUUCAUUUCUACAACAUUGUGCCGGUAGCCGGAUCUGGACGCUCUGCAUGUACGAACGAUAUAAUGACAUGCGAGUUACUGGCUUCCAACAUUUCGAGUGCAUAG